AUGACGACGAUUGUUCCAAUCUCCGAAGAAGAUCCUUCGCUCGCCAUUGUCCGUUUCACUUCUCAGCUUGCCUGGGCCGAUGCGGGUCCCGAGGCUGCAGAGCCCCAAGUUACCAGACUAUGUAGGGAGGCAGAGGAAUCUAUAGUCGCGGGAAGGUGGGUGGAGUUGGCAACGUUAAUGGUAACUUCAGCUGACUUGGUAUCAUCCAAGAUCUCUGAGAAAGAUCUUGAGUGUACCUACACCAUCAUUUGCAGCCUUGUCAAGAAUGUGACAAGUCCUGAGGCAGUCCUUGAAAUGGUGAAAGUUAUAGCUUCUAAGAUUGUUCAGCAGCCGAGUGACAAAGCUUCAUUGCGUUUGAAAAUCCUCUUCAAUCUAUAUAAUCUGUUGGACCACCCAUACGCUCGUUUUCAAGUCUACAUGAAAGCUCUAGAACUCGCUGUGAACGGGAAGGUUACUGAGUAUUUAGUGCCUUCCUUUAAGAAGAUUGAUAGCUUCUUGAAAGAGUGGAAUAUUGACAUCAAAGAUCAGCGGGAACUAUUUCUUGCCAUUGCUAAAGUGCUGAGAGAAAAUAAAAGUUUGGCGAAAGAAUCCCUUAAUUUUGUAACAAAAUAUUUGGCGACUUUCUCCAAUGAGGAUACCCAAGUCCUGGGUGAAGCCAAGGAAGAAGCUUGUGAUUUAUUAGACAUGCCAGCCAUCGCACAAUUGGAGAAGGAUCCUAACAAUGCACCAAUUUACCAGCUACUCAAGAUCUUUCUUACUCAGAGGCUGGAUACAUACAUGGAAUUCCAAAAUGCGAAUUCAGGAUUUCUGCAAACCUAUGGGCUUGUCGAAGAAGAUUGUGUAGUGAAGAUGAGAUUGUUGUCACUAGUUGACUUGGCCUCAAAUGAAUCUGGCAAAAUUCCUUAUGCCUCUAUCAAGAACACUCUACAGGUAAAUGACGAGGAGGUUGAAUUGUGGGUGGUGAAGGCAAUAACCGCGAAAUUGGUUGAUUGUAAGAUGGAUCAGAUGAACGAGGUUGUAAUCGUCAGCCGCUCAACCGAACGCGAAUUUGGACAAAAGCAAUGGCAAUCUCUUAGAACAAAGCUUGCAGCUUGGAGGGACAAUAUUACAAAUGUUAUCAGCACAAUUCAAGCAAACAAGGUAACAGAGGAAGGUACUCAAUCAUCAUCAGCAACUCAGGGAUUGACUGCUCGUUGA